CUUUCUUCUCCUUCUCUUAUUUUCCUCCUUCCGGCUUCCUGGAGUUGUGGUGCCUGUGAUCUUCUAUGUGCUGCUCACCUUUCCUUCCCUUUCUACUACGUGUAUUAUGCCGGGGAGAUGUCCUUCACGAUUAGCGCGCACAUCUCCUUCUUGGGCGCCGGCCGAUUGCUCACCCUCUUCAUGAUUCCUUCUGGGUAUGUCCUUACUCGCAUUAUUGUCUCCGGCGUUAGGGGUGCUCUCCAAGACUUGGGGUGGAGGUUCGGAGGACGUAAUGGCAAAGGGAUGGCUGUCUUCAGAUUAGACUCCGCUACUAAACUUCUUACACUUCGCUGUGUGUGUGUUAUGUCUGCAUGUUUGCUAUCAAGAGCAUCGCACGAUAAAUGUCCGUUGCCUGAUUUAAACCUAGAACGAUCAAUGUAAAAACAUGUUCUGUUUCCAACCAUUCCCUAUAGAUCGUCUUUCUCCUUUCAAGCAAUCUUCUUGACCUGCUCAAACACCUCCAAGAAAGUCUCCGGCUCAUCGGCCCC